AUGGAAUCUUUUCUAGUCACUGCACCUUUAUUAAAACUUCUACUCCAAGUGCAGGAGCACCUUAAAGGAUCAUCCGUAGAUACUUUACGAAUCAAUAGUACCACUAUCGAAUUUUUGGAUAGCCAAGGGGAUCAAGUUUCGAUCGAUUUUGCGCCUGAACUAAGAGGAGAACCAUUUGAGGCAGAUCGUAUGCUUCUUUAUAUUCAAGAUCUUCAUAAAAAGAGUGAUUCUCAUAAAAGGCUUGAUCCUAUUGAGGGAGAAAAUUGGGGACAACAGAUGGAUUACCUUUGCAUACGUCUUCAACUCUGUUGGUUGGAUAGAGUUACAUUACUUCAAUAUUAUUAUCGAUUAGGAGAAAAGAUGGCUAUUUAUAAUUGGAAUACUUAUGCUAGACAAGAAAUGAAAGAUCGGUUUACCUCUGGGAAAUAUAAAAAGGCUGUAAGAACUGCUUGGCGGAUUUACGCCCUUUAUCAGAUUCGUGGUAUUCAUAAUUUACUAGUAUCUGAUUAUAUCUCGGCUUAUACGAUACUAGUAAUAACCAAAGAAAAUUUUGAAUUAUUAUUAAAGGAAGCAACAAAGGGACGGGACGAAAAAAUGGAACUAUCAUCUGGUUCUGUUUAUGUAUCUAUAGGGGUUUAUACCUAA